AUGAGUGAUAUUAGUGAUGAUGAAAUAUUGGUGGUAUGUGAUGCUUUAUCUGAGAAUACAAAUACGGUGGUUGGAAAUAUGGUAAAAGCUUUAGCGGGAAAUGAUGCUGAAAUAAGUAUUGAGAAGUUUCUAGAAGGGAUAGACCUACAGGGUAUUGGUGAAAUCCGAUUGAAACAGGUUUUAAUGCAUCAUAGGAUAGUAUCUCUAUUCUUUGAUUUACUCAUAAAUCAUGUCGGAUUAACAUAUUUAAGGAGAAUCUAUUCAAAGACAGAAAUUUUAAAUUUGUUAAAAUUAUUCUUUUAUGGUCCCGUGUUGAAAACUUAUCGUUAUGAUGUGACGUCUGAACCUGAUGUUGCUUUCGAACCAUCUUGGGAGAAUAAUUGCGAAUUAACAAGUAUGCUGAAAUUCAUGGUACCUUCAUCAGACAGUACCGUUAUCGAUCAAGCUGAUGCUUUAAAAUUAUUCAAGAGGUAUGAGCUAAAAUUGUUGCAAAACAUUGACAGAAAUUGUGACUAUAUGGAAAUUGCAGAUUUAGUAGCUGGUGUCGGUCUACACUAUUCAAUAAGUUUUAAUAUGGAUAAUAGUGCGUCAACUUAUCAAGAUGCGUUUAAUAUGAGAUAUUUAUACCCAUUAAAACUCAUUUUUAACAAAGCUUUCAAGAAUGAACCUACAAAAUCAUUCAUUUACAACGCUAAUACUGUUACUCGUUUCAAUCCAGAGACAUUCAAGGAAAGUUUUGGAUGUCUUAAUCGUAAAUCAGUAAUGACUAAUUUAAAAAUCAGGAGGCUGGGCUUAGAUACAACAACAACUAAAUUUGAAAUGCUACUUCCAAUUGAAACUAAUCAUGUUAAUAUUGAUCUCACUGCUGAAAAUGUGUUUUCCCCAGAUGAUAUUUUACCAAUAAACGAUAUUAAGUUAUGGAGUCGGUCAUUCAGUCAAUUGUUAUUGUCCUCUAGUCAUUCGUCAAUCAUUGGAGACCAUGACACGACUUUUUUUAUGAAACUUCCUUCACCUAAUACAGAUUUCAAUUUAAAAGUAAAGGAGGUACCUAUACUUAUUGAUUUUGAAAAAUCAAUACAAUCUUUUGAAUCUGUGGUGUUUAGUGAAGUUGAAUAUUUAAAAAUAAAUAAUCGUGAAUCCAUAUUUGAUGGAAAUGGUCCAGUUUUCACAACUCCAAUGUUGUUAGUUUUAUUGAUAUUUGAAGAAAUUUCAGGACAUUCGUCUCAUGAUCAUGCUACUUCACUCUUGGAUUGUGCAACUUUAAAUAAUCCCAUGUCUUCUAGCUUUGUUGAAAGUGAUAUAAUUGCUUAUGAUAAAAUCAUGAGAUAUACAAUUGAAAGACUCAAAUCCGAGCCAUCACUAACAAAUAAAUUACAAACUCCAAUAAUAAAUGAUCACAUUAUUAAUCCUUCCAAAAUACUGAGACAAUAUGAAAGACUAUAUGAUAAUCCUAAAGUUACAAUGGUCAUUAAGAGUAAAGACCUUCCAUUGGAGUUUGAAGUUGAUGCUUGUGAAGAAGAAAUGGUUGUACUUAGCAUAUAUGAUAUAGAUGAUCACUUUUUAUCAUUCAUUGAUUAUAAACGCAAAAACAUUGAUGAUCUGACUUUUGAGCAAUAUUAUUCAGAACUUAUCAGUUCACAAUUUCUUAUAGAAUUGAAAUCACUUUUAAAAAUCCAGAAGUAUAAUGAAGCAAACCCUGAGAUUCAGAUGAAUUCUCCUGGACUCAAAGGAUAUGGAUCACUUAUUAGUAAUGGCUUCAAUGGGUUUUAUUUGAUUCAAGAAUAUUUACCUUUCAUUAAUGAUAAACCUUGUACUAAACUUCAUUUAGAGCAUGGUGUAAAAGAAUUGGAAAAAUUACAUAAAUUAGGUAUCAUCCAUGGUGAUGUCAAGAUUGACAAUUGUUGUUAUAAUUAUGAAGAUAACAAAUUCUAUCUGAUUGAUUUCAAUAACGCGUACUUCUCAAAUACUGGUGAUAUGUCAUCAGUUCUUGAUCAAUUCAUGAAUAGUGAUCUAGAUAGAUUAUAUGAUAGUAUGUCAGAAGUUGUAAGAGAAGAAAUCUAG